AUGUCCGAUCUCAAAUCUAAAGGCGGCGCAACCAUAGAAAAUGGCGACACAGUCAGCACACCGUAUCGUGGAGGUAAACGUGAAGGCAAAGUCGAACAACUCGUGACCGACGAAGAGCAAGCGCGCAAUCUCAACGCCAAAGGCGCCAGUCAUGCCCCGGCAGUGGUGUUUACGGACCAGAACAACAAGAAGGUCGCGCAUAAGCCGGAAACGGUGACCGAUUUGGACAAGGAGUGA